AUGGGAACAAAGAAUAGUGAAGCUAACUCUUCCUGGCUGCUAAACUGGAUCUCACAGUUUAAACUUAAGAAGGAAAAGAAACAGCAUAAAGAGAAUGAUAGUGAUUAUGAUAAUCAUAAAAAUGACUUGAUGGAUAAUAGACCUAGUAUUACUAUAUCAACAUCAUCCAGACGAAAUUCACAGCAGACAGUAUCAAGUACAUGGAGUAGUAUUUCGGAUAAUAAAAAGAGAUACAAGUUUAGCUGGCCGUAUAAUCACAGUCCAAGGAGACAUGAGUUGAUAGAAAAAAGGCAGUCAAUGUCAUCUAAUAACUCCAUUUUCACAUCACAACCAGCCUCACCCAACUUUACAGCUUUAAUAACAAAUGAUCUGGACGAUGAUGACGAUGAUUUAGAUAAUAUGGACGAGUAUGAUAACAGCAAUAACGAAAGGUGGGCGCUAAGAUAUGACCUGAUCAAACUGGCUGUUGAUGGUCCAAGCAUAGUAACACAGCUUGGUAAAAAAGAAAAAUGGUUGCUACAGCUAGGAUGUGGAAACGCGGCGUGGGGUAUUGAGAUAGCUUCGAUGCGUCCAGCGUGGAUGGUUCUUGGAAUGGACUAUAAUGAAAUGCUAUUGCCUAAACAUCAACCAAAGAACUUUAGGUUUAUACCCACAAACAAUUUGAUACGCGAAUUGAAGAAAGUCCAAAGCGAGUCUAUUGAUUUCAUCAGCUGUAGAUUCCUCAUGUUUGAUUUUACAUUUGAAGGAUACAAAGAGUUGAUCAAUGAAUGUACUAGAGUAUUACGGCCUGAUGGAUACAUAGAAAUGAUGGAGUUGGACCUGAGAAUCUAUUAUCAGACGCUAAUUGAACAUGAUUUACAGUCAAGGAAAUUGAAUAAUCUAUUGUUUGAUUUACAAGAUAUUGAUCCAAGGAUAGCAAGAAAGUUGGCACCUGGGGUGGAAAACUAG